GGCAUGCUCGUUGCUCACAAUUGCGCGUUGUUGGGCGAGGGGAAAAGUCGCAGAAGAAAUUUUAUACCACACGAACGGAAUUUCCGUGGCCAAAUAACAACAAACAGCCAGCAGUUCCUACAAGCAGGAGUUAACCAGAGCAGAAGGAUUUACCCAGAUAAAGCCAGAACAAUUCCGCUGCAAUCCAGAGCCUCCAGUUCCACUGGGUAGCUGAUUUCAGCUGGAGGUGGCGGUGGGUGGUGCUCUUAUCGGCCUGCAAUUUCUUCCAUGCCCGCUGCGAUAACAGCCAGGCGGAUCUGCCUGUCCAGCCGAUAUUCCAUCUUUCAGUGCAACACCAUGGGCUGCAUCACCAGCAGCAGCAAGUUAAACGAGCUGCGCGGUCAUGAGAAUGUGUUUCGAGUGCGAGUGGCUCACCUGCAACCCACUCCGGGUACUCCCAUCAUCCGGAGUGGCUACCUGGAGCUAACGCCCCGGGAACUGAUAUUCCAGACGCCUGGCUGUGAGCCCAUUGUCUGGGCACUGCAACACCUUCGACGAUACGGCCUGAAUAACGAUCUCUUCUCCUUCGAGGCAGGACGCAGGUGCAUGUCUGGACCAGGGAUCUACACCUUUCGAGUCCACAAUGCCGAGCAGCUGUAUCCGAUGUUCCAGCGCUACAUCAACGCGGUGAAUACAGAUGCAUUUGUGCAGGGCGAACGAGAAAGAGUUAAUUCCGCUCAUUCGGUGUCCGUGAAUAUGGGCAGAACUGAGGGCAAUAACUACUUAGAGCCGGCUCCCUUAAUGAGCCGCCAGCUGGGCAACUUCCACAGUGAGCCCUCGAGCACCAGUGCUUCGUAUCCGCUGCAGGCCAAUGACUCGCAAGUCGAAGACUCUCCGCCCAAUUUGCAAUCACCAGUCCUAAUACCCAGUGCCUAUUUGGAUCAGCCAUUGCGGGCUUUGCAGGACUGCUGUCACGAAGGCACCGCUACGGAUUUGCUGUCCACCCCGCCCGGCAAUAGAUUGACAACACGAAGGCGCACAAUGGACUUGCCUCCCCUGGAAUCUGCCCCAGCACCAGCUCCACUUCUGAGUCCCAACGAUGCUGUGCACAUGUACGCCAAUGUGGAAGCUCUGAUCUUCGAUCUAAGCAAUGAGCGCUGCUAUGAGAACGUAAACCGCUUGGAGCUGCCACUGCUGCCGAGAGAACCCAUUUCCACUCAGGAGCCGGCCACGCCCACCAGUUUGGCGGGUAGCUGCGGAGUAAACUAUAUUGUGCUUGAUCUUGAUCAGCCGCGAAGUCCCGUGGGGCCGGCGGGUUCACCAAAGGCGAUAAAUGGAUUUGGCAGCGGCUUAUCACUGAUUUCCACCCCAGCACCUGUCACUGCCCCAGUGACUCCUGAGGCAGGUACUACGUUGGACGUUCCACCACCACCCAUGCAGACCCAAAGCCUAAACAGCAUCUCUGCUGAUGCGGGAGAUACUCAAGCGAAGAAGGUAACAGAAUGCUCCGGGACCCAAGGCUACUCAACCAUCGACUUUAUCCGCACAUACGCGUUGAACAAGUCGUCAACUGAGCUGCCAGAAACAGUGACGCAUCGCCAGCAUUCGUCGCACGAUGCCGAGGAGCUGAGAAUCACCAGGCACAGCAAGUGCAUACGAAAGGCCUACUCCAUAAGUGAGUGAAAUGGAGGCAGCUGGAAUAGGAUUGGUGGAGACCGAGUGCACAACGAAUUUACAGAAAGCAUAAUGACACCAGAUCGCUGGCCAAAUAGACCAUAUAAGCUAAGGAUCUAACCCCACAUUUAUUUGUGCCAAAUCUGAAUACAAUUAAGAUGUAAGGAGCUCUUAAAAGCAAAAUCAGAAUCCUGUCGGUCGGGACAGUCAGGAAGUGUCUAAAUUCAGAAGUAAAGAGGACUCCAGAUCACUAAGAAAGGAUAAGCAGCCGGAUCGAAAAGAGUACAAACGUCAAAGAACAAUGGCCACACGAUUUGUUAGGGCACAAUCGUAAAAUGUUCGAUUUAAAUUUAAUAACAUUGACCACUUAUGAAGAUAGAAAUUCCAAACAUGAAUCGAACUAAAACACAUACUGUGCAACUAGAAGGUUGAGCAGAUCAACUGGAUGAUAGCUUGUUUAAAAGUAGGAAGAUAUACUACUAAAAUUAACCACACAUGGGAUCAAACAGGAUUUUAUUGAAGUGAUUGGUUGAUACAGCAUAAAAUAUUUUAGAAUUUCCAAAUGUUUAAUUAGCUUCAUAACGUUUUAAACUUUGUUGCACAGAAAUUUUCGUGAAGCUGGUACUUCUGAUUUUGAAAGGCACACUUAACAAGAAGCUAAAUAACUUUUCUACUAUUUUCAAGGGAUUUUCAAGAGAGUAUGAUAAAAAGAAAGAUAUGGAGGUUGAUAAGAACGUGUUGCACAACGAAUUUACUGCACGAGUUUGUGGUAAAGUGAAAUUUGAAGAGUGAUUUGUCCAAAGAUUUGUUUGCUUCCACCUGCGCCAAGCUAGAACGCAAACGAGUAACAAUAUUAUAACCAGGUUGUUUUUGUAGUCAGUACAGUAAACUCACACAGCCAAGAACACAUAGACAUGAAUUGCAUACGUACAUAACUUGUAUUUAAGGAUAAUAACAUAGCAUUAUCUAGUGAUUAGUUGAUUUAUGCAAUUGCCAGCGGCUGUUUAGAGCUAGUCAUUUUUGAUUUUGUGCAUAUAAAAUAGUGAGCAACACGAAAGGCUUUUAACAUUAAAAUUGUAAAUGGUAGAUACUUAAGAGUAGCUCAUAAGCACCAAAAAAUACAUCACCGACGUACACGUACGUUUGUUGUUGGCCAAGGCUUUGAAAUUGUAUUUUGUUGCCAAAAAAGAAAAAACAAUGGUAGAAAGCAUCGCGUUGCAUUGUCCGCUGUGAGUUUAUAAUUUUUUACAUAUAUAUCGCUGAAUUGUUAUUCAAUUUGUUAGGAGUUAUAUACACUGAUUGCCACAAGAAGCAUUCAAAUUGAUGUUCUUGCAGCUGCAUUCAUUUACAUACUUAAGAUCGCUGCUUAGUCGGCGGCAUAAA